CAAAACGCAUUGCUCCCCUUCCCCGUGCUGGGGAGAAGCGGGGAAGAGGACCACGAUUUCGAGGGAGGGAGGCCGAGGAACCGCCUCGGUCCGCUCGCCGUCCAUGGAGGGCACCACGGGAGCGAGGAAGAGGCAGCGGAUCGCCUCCGCCGCCACGGCCUACAUCCCCGACGAUGUCAUCCGGGACAUCCUCCUCCGCCUGCCUUCCAGGUCCGUCCUCCGCUUCCGCGCCGUCUGCAAGGCCUGGCUCCGCAUCGCCUCCGACCCCAAGUUCGCACUCGAGCACCACCGCCGCCAGCCGUCGCUACCCCUCGUUUCCUUCCUCCGCGGCGGCGCCGUUGACGGCAAAGGGGUGGACGCCGUGGACUUCUGCGUCGAGGCGCUCGACCUCCGCACCGACGACUUCCGGUCCGUCGUCCGGUUCACGGACACCAACGAGCGGUGUGGCCGGUUCGGCAUUCAUGGCUCCUGCGACGGGCUUCUCCUACUCAGCUUCGACGACCGCCUGUACGUCUGCAACCCGGCCACGCACCAGUGGACUCGCCUCCCGACGCCUCUGAACUCCUCGCGGUUCGCCGGGUUCUACCGCCACGACCAUACCGGGGAGUACCGGGCCUUGUUCUACCGAGGCAGCUGGCCCGGGUCGGACUACUACAUCCUCGUGGCGGACUCCAGGAAGGGGAGGGGAAUCGGUCUGCCAUCAGAGAAAGAUGUGUACAAAUUCAAGGAAGCACCCAGCGGGCCGCCGGCCCUUCACCGUGGCAGCCUCCACUGGCCACCGCAGCAGUGGGAAAACCACUAUAUACUGGUGUUUAACACGGUCACUGAGGUGUUCCGGGGGUUGCUUCCUCCUCCUGUGAUACGGAAGCACAUGUCAUUGCUCGAGAUGGAGAACAACCUUACCAUUUUCAGCUGCGGUGAGGAUGUCACAAUGGUUGAGCUCUGGCUUCUGCAGGAUUACGAGAACCAGAAGUGGAUCUGCAAGCACCGGAUUGAAUUGCCAGCAAUGAAGGUCAGCACCUAUCGCUUCAAGGAGCCCUGGCAUGUAUUUUUCAUGUCGGAAGAGGGAAUUGUGCUGGUUAAUCCCCAGCAGAAGCUGUUGCACUAUGACAUAAAUGGGGAUCUGCGGGAAAGUUUCCGUUGCGAUGGCUGCCAUCUCAAGAUUACUUUGUAUACCCUCAAGGAAAGCCUCAUUCGGCACAGGUUCUUUGAGAUGCAGAACAAUGUGGGUGAUGGUGAAGAUGAACCACCACCUUUCUUUUGGGGGCUGUAGAUCGACUUGGUGGUAGUGGUGGUUUCCUAUGGACCUUGGUUGCAGUUGAUCAGCAGUUCAGUGCUUUAGAUAUUACAGUCUCGAUUGAUGAGGCAUAAGUAAGCUAGCUUUUCUGAUGCAUCUCUUUUCUGUUCACCAAUAUCACCAUGUUUGUCUCCAUGAUGGUAAGCGAAAAUGUGCAAACUGGUUCCCAGCUCUCAUAGAUGACAACAAUUUACUUGUUCGAUGCUACAAAACUAUUUCUGUAGCAAAUUUGUAUGUUUUCUGAACAUAACUGUGAAAGGCUCAGGGGGUGCCCCCUUGCAAUAUAUUUUCUGGCCAUGGUGGCAGAUAUUCAA